AUGCGCGGUGUCUCCCCGCCCAUUGUGCGGAGGGACACAGGCCCCAACGGCAGCCUCAGUCCCGGCGGCGGCGGCGGCGCCCGCGCGGCCCCGGCGGCCGCGGCCCCCGGCGGCGCGGGAGGGGGGGGAGGCCCCGGAGGAAGCGGCGGCACCAGGGGCCAGAGCACGGGGAAGGGGCCCCCGCCGGUGCCGGUCUUCGAGGGCGUCUACAACAACUCCCGCAUGCUGCACUUCCUCACAGCCGUGGUGGGCUCCACCUGCGACGUCAAAGUGAAGAACGGCAGCACUUUCGAGGGCAUCUUCAAGACACUGAGCUCCAAGUUUGAGCUGGCGGUGGACGCCGUGCACCGAAGAAACCCUGAUCAGCCCUCUGGCCCCAAGCGCGAGGACAUUGUGGACACCAUGGUCUUCAAACCUGCCGACGUCAUGCUGGUGCACUUCCGCAACGUGGACUUCAACUACGCCACGAAAGAUAAAUUCACCGACUCGGCCAUCGCCAUGAACUCGAAGGUGAACGGGGAGCACAAGGAGAAGGUGCUGCAGCGCUGGGAGGGCGGUGACAGCAACAGCGACGACUACGACCUGGAUUCAGACAUGUCCAACGGGUGGGACCCCAACGAGAUGUUCAAGUUCAACGAGGAGACCUACGGCGUGAAGACCACCUACGACAGCAGCCUGGCCUCCUACACGGUGCCCCUGGAGAAGGACAACUCGGAGGAGUUCCGGCAGCGGGAGGCCCGGGCGGCCCAGCUGGCACGGGAGAUCGAGUCGAGCCCCCAGUACCGGCUCCGCAUCGCCAUGGAGAACGACGACGGGCGCACGGAGGAGGAGAAGCACAGCUCGGUGCAGCGCCAGGGCUCGGGACGCGACAGCCCCAGCCUGGCCGCCGCCAGGGAGAACAAGUACAACCCGCUGCCGCAGCGCGUGCGGGAUGGCUCGCGCGGCGGCGUCCGCUGCGGCUCCUCCCGCGGCGGGCGGCCUGGCGUGGGCUCCCUCCCGCCCCGGGGUGCCCCCCACCACGCCGACCCCGGCCCGGAGCAGCGCGGCAUCAACGGAGGGCCAUCCCGCAUGUCUCCGAAGUCGCAGCGCCCCAUCCGGGGGGCCAAGACGGCAUCAUCUCCAGGCGGGCGCCCCACUGAGGCCUCCCCAGCGCCGCCGGCAGCAGGACGCAUGUAUCCGCCGCGCUCCCCCAAGGCGGCCGUGCCGGCCCCGGCCUCCCCCCAGGACCCGCCGGCGGCCGGCCCUGCCGCCCCCCCCGGGGGACGGGCGGACGGUGCUGGAGGCUGCGGCGCCCCCCAACCCGCCGUCCCCCAAGGCUGCGGCCCCCCCAGCGGAUGGCAAGGACCGCGGAGCCCCCCCUUUUGCCCCCCCACCAAGGAGGCGCCGGCAGCCAAGGACGCUGGACGGGCCCUGGAGGCCCCGGGGCCCCCAGAGCCCCCCAAAGCACCUGGCAAAGCCGGGCUGCAGACGGAGCAGCAGCGCAGUCAGCUGGAGGAGCUGCGCAAGUUCGGCGCCCAGUUCAAGCUCCAGUCCAGCAGCGCCCCGGACGCCGGCCUGGAGCCAUUCCCGCCUCGGGCCAAGGAGCCCCCCGAGGGCAAAGGGAAGGAGAAGGGCCCCGAGGCGGGGGGGGGCAAGCCCCCCGAGGAGGGCCCUGGCCCCAAGGGCGCCCCGGAGCCGCCGCCGGACGGCGGGAAGGAGGAGAAGGCGGGGGAUGAGGACGGCCCUGAGCGGCCCCCGGGGACCCCCCCGGGCAAGGGCGAGGGCGACGACAAGGAGGAGGGACCCGUCUCGGAGCAGGUGAAGAAGUCGACGCUGAACCCCAACGCCAAGGAGUUCAACCCCUCCAAGACGCUGCUGGCGGUGAACAAGGCCGCCAGCACGCCCACCUCCCCGGGGCCGCGCACCCACUCCACCCCCUCCAUCCCGGUGCUCGCCGCAGGGCAGAGCGGCAUGUACAGCCCCCAGUACAUCUCCUACAUACCUCAGAUCCACAUGAGCCCCGCCGUGCAGGCGCCCCAGAUGUACUCCUACCCUGUCUCCAACUCGGUGCCCGGCCAACAGGGCAAGUACCGGGGGGCCAAAGGGUCGCUCCCCCCGCAGCGCUCGGACCAGCACCAGCCGGCCUCGGCGCCCCCCAUCAUGCAGGCGGCGGCGGCGGCAGGGCCUCCGCUGGUGGCGGCCACCCCGUACUCCUCCUACAUCUCCUACAACCCCCAGCAGUUCACGGGGCAGCCGGCCAUGAUGCAGCCCAUGGCCCACUACCCCUCGCAGCCGGUCUUCGCCCCGAUGCUCCAGAGCAACCCCCGGAUGAUGGCGUCGGGCAGCCACCCCCAGGCCAUCGUCUCCUCCUCCGCCCCCCAGUACCCCCCGGCCGAGCAGCCCGCGCCCCAGACACUCUAUGCCACCGUGCACCAGUCGUACCCCCACCACGCCGCCCCGCUGCACCCGCACCAGCCCCAGCCCGCCACCACGCCGACGGGGAGCCAGCAGCCGGCCCAGCACGCCGCCCCCAGCCCCGUGCAGCACCAGGCCGGGCAGCCCCCGCACCUCGGGGGGGCCCAGCAGCAGCAGAGCCUCUACCACGCGGCCACGCUGACGGCCACGCCGCCCUCCAUCACCCCCGGGCCCGGCGCCCAGUCGCCCCAGAGCAGCUUCCCCCAGCAGGCCGCCGUCUACGCCAUCCACGCGCACCAGCAGCUCCAGCACGGCUACUCCAACAUGGCCCACGUCACCCAGGCCCACGUGCAGACGGGGCUCCCGGCGGCGCCGCCCCCCCACCCGGGGGCCCCCCACCCGCCCCAGGUGAUGCUGCUCCACCCCCCACAGAGCCACGGGGGGCCCCCCCAGGGCGGGGUGCCCCAGAGCGCGGUGCCGGCCCUCUCGGCCUCCACCCCCUCGCCCUACACCUACAUCGGGCACCACCAAGUCCAGUCUCACCCGUCCCAGCAGCUCCCCUUCCACCCCCCGGGGAACUGACGCCCGCCCCAGCGGCAGCCUGACCCGGCCCGGCCCGGCCCGCCAGCUCGACCAAGCACCUUUUCCUUUGCGUUCGUCUGGGGGAGCGCCGGGGGGGGGAGGGAAAAGGGGCCGCCGCUCUGCCCCUUCCUUCCCCCCCCCGCUCCCGGAGACCCCCAAGCUUUAUUUUCUAUUAUUUAUAACUGAGGGAAAGAAAAAGAAAGGCGAAAAACAAACACCCAACCAAAAGCAAGAAUCGGGCCGCUAAAGCAGAGAAGUUUUUCGGUCUCCGCUUCCCCCGUCCCUCCCCCGUCAACUCGAACAAAGGAGCCGCCGCGACGCCACACUCGGACUUUUUAUUACGUUAAAAAAAAUAUUUAAAAAUUAAAAAAAAAAAAUAAAAUCUUAAACUAACUUCA